AUGGAGUUUGGAUUUUGUCAGGUUAUCGAAGCUGGAGUUUUCGUGGAUGGAUUGGGAUUGCUGCGAGAAACGAUCGAUUCCAAGUGGGAGGAAAUGUUGCCAAACAACAAUGCGGGCAGUUGGGCAGGACAGGACAGUAAAUACACUGCAACACACUGCACACUCGAACACAAACGACGCUCAACCACCCUUGAAAAGAAACAACAGGCCGAGGAAGUAUCGCGGAUGAGUAUUCACGGCAAAGGGGGUGCUGUCAUGGAUGGAUCGGUGGCAGCGACGACAACAACAUACGACAAUCAAACGACGGAGAGACGCAAGAAUGAUGGGAUGGAGCGACGAGAUGGGGUUGGAUUGGGUGUUACUACUGGGAGGCGGUGCCAGAAAUGGAUUCAAUUAGCCUCCGGGGCUAGCUCCUCAAAGCGAAACAAGGCGUGGGAUUGGGGGGAGGAAGAUGAGAGAAGCGAGGACAAGGACGGGGGCAGAGACGACUCAAAGAGGAGCGUUUAA